UCACCCCGGGGGCCGGCUCACUCUCGGAGCGCCCGUCCCGCUGCCGGGCUGAGGCACUUGCAUCCAGCCCCGAGGAGGAGAUAUUUGAGCUCCCCCUACUCUCUCCGAGGCGCCUGGAACGUGGGCCUCUCUACCGCUCCCCCCACAUCCCGCAGCCGGUCGGGGUGCUCGGCGGGGCCAGCUCCUCCUCCUCCUCCGAUCCGCCAGAGGGCGGCCCAGCCCGGUCGAGCUGCGGCGCGGCGCCGUGCGGAAGCGGGUAACAGGCAUGGCUGUGCUGCUGGAGACGACACUGGGAGACCUGGUGGUCGACCUGUACACGGAGGAGCGUCCCCGCGCUUGCUUGAAUUUUCUGAAGCUCUGCAAAGUAAAAUACUACAACUAUUGCCUUAUUCAUAAUGUACAGAGGGAUUUUAUUAUACAAACUGGUGACCCCAUGGGAACGGGCCGUGGAGGGGAAUCCAUAUUUUGUCAACUGUAUGGUGAUCAAGCUAGAUUUUUUGAAGCAGAGAAAGUGCCGAGAAUUAAGCACAAGAAAAAGGGAACCGUAUCCAUGGUGAACAAUGGCAGUGAUCAGCAUGGAUCACAGUUUCUUAUUACUACAGGGGAAAAUCUGGAUUACCUUGAUGGUGUGCAUACAGUAUUUGGAGAAGUGACAGAAGGCAUGGAUGUAUUGAAGGCAAUUAAUGAAACCUUUGUAGAUAAGGAUUUUAUCCCGUACCAAGAUAUCAGGAUAAAUCAUACAGUAAUUUUAGAUGAUCCAUUUGAAGAUCCACCUGGCUUGUCUGUUCCUGAUCGCUCACCAGAACCAACUAAGGAACAGCUGGAUAGUGGCAGAAUAGGAGCAGAUGAAGAAAUUGAUGACAUGAAAGGACGGUCUGCAGAUGAAAUUGAAGAAGUUCAGGCAGAAAAAGAAGCGAAAACUCGUGCCAUUCUUCUGGAAAUGGUGGGAGACUUACCAGAUGCAGAGAUCAAGCCACCAGAAAAUGUACUGUUUGUUUGUAAGCUGAAUCCUGUGACCACAGAUGAAGAUCUUGAGAUAAUAUUUUCACGAUUUGGUCCCAUUAAAAGCUGUGAAGUGAUUAGAGACUGGAAGACUGGUGAAUCUCUUUGUUAUGCUUUCAUUGAGUUUGAAAAGGAAGAAGACUGUGAGAAAGCCUACUUCAAAAUGGACAACGUGCUGAUAGAUGACAGACGGAUACAUGUGGAUUUUAGCCAGUCUGUUGCAAAGAUUAAGUGGAAGGGAAAAGGUGGGUGUUAUACCAAAGACGAUUUCAAAGAAUAUGAAAAGGAACGUGGCAAAUCUUCAAAUCUUGCUCUGAAAGAGAAGGUAAAGCCAAAGCAGGAUGCCAAGUAUGACCUUGUGCUGGAUGAGGAUGUAGAAGAGUCUCAAGCAAGUCAGUCACACUCGACUAAAAAACAAAAGAAGAAAAAGCACCACCACUCUGAAGAUGAAGAGGAUGACAAGAGGACCAAGAAAUCUAAGGAUUCUGAUAGAAAACAUGAAGGAGAACGCUCUAGAGAGAAGAUGAAGAGUGAGAAGAAAGACAGACAUCGGAGCCGCAGCCGAUCUCCUGAGAGAGAGCACACUUCCAGCAAACAAAGGGACAGAUACAAAGAGGACUUCCGAGUAAGAGACUGGGAUAGAAAAGCAGACAGAAGCAGAAGUCCUAAGAAAUCAAGAGACAAAGAGAGGUCCAAGUACAGAUGAAGGCUGAGGAACAGACAUGGUGAAACUAAAAUAUGUUUUCUUCCAGUAUUUCCAGUGUUUUCUUAAAUGGAUGUGCAGUUACUGGAAAAAAGCAAUUGCCUUCUGUUGGCACUUUGGUUGUAUAAUUCUAUGAAUGCCCAGUGUAUGACUGUUGAAGAAAGCCUUGAUUUCAAAGAGGCUGCUUCAAUAAAGUAUUUCAUAUCAGUGAAAUGGUUCGAGUCUCUGAUAAGGAAUGUUGUCUACAGCUUUUUGGAAACAUAAGCCAGCACUAACAAAUUAAUCCCCCUUCCCCACUGUAAAGAGAUUUGCAGGGCAUACCUCCUUUCUACAAGGAGGCUGUAUUUAUCUUUCAGCAUUUUCAGAUGCUAUGUGAUAGGAGUCCUGGGGAGACAGAAAUGCUUUGUGCACACUCCUUCCAGAAAGUAGGCAGAUACCAUUUGUGUAUGAAUAAUCAAAACUCAAUUUUCUUCCUUUAAAAUUAAGCGCUUCUAGCUGGCUUAGUCCUGUCAGCUCUAUUUGCUGGCACCACUGUGCAACAAUGGUUCAAGUCACUACUGAAGUGCUUGCCUUGACAAUGGAAGUGCUGCACCACACUAAAUCAAUAGCACUCUGCUCUCCUGUUUACAUGGAUCACCUGGUGUCAUGGCAGUGCUGAAGGAUGCCUCUCAGAACUGAGAUUCACUUGUUACUUGGCCCAUUUGGACUCUGUACAGUGUCAGGGGAAUCCAACUGCUAAGAUGCCAGGCAGGUUAUGUUGGGUGGGUAAGAAAGAAGAAUGUUGUCACUAGAAGAAUUAGCAAAAAAAAGCAGAAUUUGUAACCUGCAUUGUGUUUGCCAAAGCCUGGAUGGGAUUAAUUUUCAGGUUUCCUGGCAGAACUAGGUCAGUUUUAAUAGCUUUUCAUCUGCAGAGGAAUGCAUGUGAUGUUAUUCAAAGCCUUUCUAGUGAAAGUUGGGAGGCUCUUCAAUGCCUGGCUUGCUCAGAUAAGCAAGACCUUGCCAUUUAAACAGUGUUAGCCAGUAUCCAUACAUUUUAAGAACAUGUAUGUCCUGUUUCUGUCCAGAGAAGAGAUCUUGCGGUGUCAGGAGGAUGAGACAUGGGGAAUAUAUUGGUCUUUUCUUCGUGCUAUGGAAUGUGUGAUGACUUGGAGGCAGUCUGCUUUGAUGAAUAAAUACAACUUUUCUAGUUUUG